UUCGGUGUUAUAAUUAAACAUAUUCCACGAAAUAGAAUGACUUCAUUUCUUACAAUUUUGUCAGGGAUUCCAAUUAAUACAAUAUAUCACAGGUGGCAUUUUCACACACUCAUUCAAACACACACACACACAUAUAUAUAUAGGUACAUUGAUAUGUGAUAUACAAGCGUAUGAUUACUUGUUUCGACUCUCGGAUUUAUCUGAAAAAUGAAAAAAGAAUAUGGCUAAGAGAGACAAUCAUAACUUGUCUCUCCACAGUUUGUUGGAUAAAAUAUGUCAAAGCAAUAUUAGCGAUGGAGACUUUCGAAUUAUGAAACGAAAGAUUAAAGAUUUGGUCCCUGGAAACGUGCAGACGGUUUCAACACCUAGAGAAUUAUUCAGUUUGCUUCAAGAGCACAGAUGCUUUGAGGAAAAUGAAUAUGUGUUCAUACAAUUCCAAGAAAUUUUCAAACAAAUCAAGCGGCCUGAUUUAGUACACAUUGUCAGUGAUUAUUGUGAAAGCAAUGGAAAAGGGCUUUAUAUUAAACGGAAUAAAGAUGACAGUCCAUUUGUUAAAAUUGUGUGUCAACAAAUCAUAAACUCCAAUCAAUGUCUAGAGAUAGUGCAAUACGUAUCCAGACUCCUGACGGUGGACAAGCUUUACUUAGUGAUUGAAGGAAAUGAUAACCGCCUAUUUUAUCCCAACGGUGACCUUGCUGUCAAAGAAUUUCAAGAUAUCCAUGCAAGUUUGGAGGGCAAGCCAAAAACCGAUAAGAUACUGGUAGCCCAUCAGAGAGAAAAGGAUGAACUUCAGAAGCAAAUUGAAGAAUUGAAACGUGAAAAUGCGGGGUUAAAAAAGGAAAACAGGUCAUUAAUUCAGUCUGCAAAAAAGUUUACAUGUUUUCCCUCUAACACCUGUCAACGAUAAGAUUUAAUACAAAUUAACUGAUCAAUUAAGCAACCUGAAACAUUUGAUUUUUCCUUUAAUAUAUAAUUCUAUAUAAAUAAUUAAUGUGGACUGUAAAUCUGUAACUGCGUACUUGUAGAUAUAUUAUAACUAUCAAACACUUAUCGGUUAUAAUCAUACAUUUACGUAUUAUAUAGAUGCUGUUUUUUUCAAACUUUUAAAGUCAAAUUUCAUAAAUUUUGUUAUCUAAUCAAUAUAUUACAAUACAAUUGCUAUACAUGUACACUGACAACUUCCUUUAAUAGUACUAUAGUCAUUAUGUAUGUUUUGAGAUUUUAUUAAUCUUUAAACUUUUGGCGCUAAAUAAUGUGUAACGAUAUGAUAAAUCAGACGUUGAUUUAGAAAUGGGUCUGUAGCAAUAAUAUUUUAGUAAAUAAUGCAUUAACCCAUGCGUAAAAUAAAACCGAACAGACAGUGUGCAUCGCGGUGUAGUUUUGACAUUAGUCAUGGUAUAAGCUUAUGACAUUAUUUUUCUUCAGAAAUGGUAAAACUUUGUUUUCAGUCAAUAGUCCUUUAAAAUCACAUAUAGGAAAACAGAAACCUUGAAUAGAGCAAAUAAUAAACGUACGAAUGUAAACAAAUUAAAAGGUGAUUGGACUUCUGAAAUAACAUUAACGUCAUCAAUUCUAAACACAAACAUUCAUUUUAUAUAUGUGAAUCCUUCUUUUUGAACUGUUAGCGAUAAUAUGCUGAGCUUUGUCCUAGUUGUGCUAUAUGACCUACUGGAUAAACACUUUAUCAUUGUUAUCGGUGAUAGACGGGCGACUUGAAAAAUAAAUAUCCAUUUGAAUUUUGAUUAGACAGAUGUUCUAUUUACGUCAUACAUAUUUUUAUACGACCUUGUGACAUUUAGUGCAAUUUUGGAUAUAACAGGAUAGCCGAUAAAACAUAAUGCUGUCGCCAUACAGUAGUUUCCAAUUAUUGAAAACAAUUACUUAAGUUACACAUAGCGGUAUGUCAGUUUUUUGGAAAAAAAAAAACCUUGAUAUGAACAAUUCAGUAUAAAAGUAUGAUAUAUUCGUAUUGUAUUGUAUGGUAUGUUACCUUCUCUAAAUAAAGAUUGUAUCACUUUAGUUAAAUAAUCCAUUGUUUUCCUUCAAGAUAGGUUAGGUACAUGAGUAAAUGAAAUGUUGCAAUUUGUGUGAAAGUAUUGUCUUCAUUUAGAGGUUCAUAACAAUUUGUGGCCUUUUGUCUGCGAUAUUGGAUGAAUGAAUAGGUUGCUUAAAGCUUACUUUGAAUAUAUUUUUUUAAAUUUACACUAAAUGAUGGUGUUGAAUUUCGAUUUUGUAAAAACAAGAUAUUUGUAUUUUUUUCAACUAAUUAAUAAAUUUUUCCUUUACAAUAAUUUGAUGUCAUAUAGAGGGAGGUCGUAUAUGUCAAGACAUGCGGAGUUUGAUUUUUCUAUUUACUUGACUGCUUUUAGCAGUUGACAACUUCAAGAAUAUCAAUUCUUUAAUGAUUAAGUUAGUUAUAAUUUAUAAAUAAAUUAAUUUAGUAACAUUAUAAGGUCCAAUGCUCAUAUUUGCGUUUAAAGUAAUUAGAUAAUUGUCUGAUUUAAAGUUUUAUAGAUUGAAAUUGCAAAAAUAGAUAGAUAACAAGUUCUGUGAAAGUGUAUAAUUAAUGGUUUUGUUAUCAUCAAACAAUCUUCAUAAGUAAUUAUAAUUUGUUUAAUUGAUGUUCUGCUUAAACACAUUUUUGGAAUUAUCUCUAAAAAUUAAUUACAUAAACAUAAAAUCUCUAUUAUCAUGUUUUGCUUUAUUUUGAUUACUUUAUAAUUCGAUAUGUAUUAUGUUAUACAAUAAA